AUGUCUGUUUUAUCAAAGUCUUUCCGACUGGUUCACCGGGCUCUUCCACAGAGGACACUUCCUGCGAUCGCGAAGUCCGGCAUGGUCGAAUUGGGUGUGCGCCGGGCAAGCUCUCAGCCAGCCUACGAUGGGCAUAUUCCUCUCAAUCUAUUUGAGAAAGGAUUCUUGGCCGUGGGGUCUGCUCUUAUGUCCCUAGCAGAUCCGCGGAGAGGAGACAUGGUUGCUGCACUGGGAGACACGACCUCUGGCCCGGUUCUCCCUCGGCUGCGGGAUAUCAUGCUAGACAGCGCUGAAGGACGUAAAAUUUUGAAAGAGAGGCCAAGAGUGAACUCGCAGACCGUCGACAUGGACAAGCUGGCCAUGCUGCCAGAAGGAACUUUCGGUCGCGCUGCGCUCUCUCGCUUUCCUACUGAUCUCCCUGGCGUACAUGUCUACCACAGGUACACUACGUGGACGACCCCGAACUUGCUCAACGUUGAGUCCGAGCUCGCGCUGAAGUUCUUCGAGUUUGCCAACUUUGGGCUUCCAAUGACCGGAUUCGCCGCCGCGUUUGGUCAUCUUCGGUUGAAUUCCACUCAGCGCGCGCGACUCUUCCGGGAUUUUGUUCCCUGGGCCGUCAAAUGUGGAAGCAGUGCGAGGAGCCUGAUCACUGUGUACUGGGAGGAACGGUGGAAUCAGAAUGUGAAGGAGAUGAAGGAGGAGUUCGGCAUCUGGGACCCUCCGGAGGCCAAAUGGCGAAAGCCUUUGAAAGAGGCUAAAGAAGCGGCGGCACGACGGCAGAAGGAAGCGGAGGCGCAGCUUUCGAGGCAGGCCUGA